AUGGGUGCAGCAGCCUCGGGUGUAUCAACCCAAAUGCAAGCUGAGCAUGAUCCCAACGCCAAUUUCCCAUGGUGGGUUCGAUUCUUAGCUAAGGCUAUGGGUAUUAUUGGAGGAGUACUUUCGAUUUUCUUCGGUGUUCUAGGGCUGCUAUCCAUUACCCCUACUUGCAUUAUUGCUGUCCUACUGCAGAUGGUCUUUGGCUUUUUAACUAUAGCACUAGAAGCACCAUUCUGCUGUGCCUUUAUUGACUUCAUUGAGAAGAUCUCAGCCUUCAGCGAGUCUCGAUCCUAUUGGCACAAAGCAGGAUUAUAUGGAGUUAUGGGACUAUUGCCGAUUCUCUUGUGUUUUGAGUUGAACACAGUUUUGGGAUCUGGAAGUAUCUUUGCUUGCGGAACCAUAUACGGCUUUAUGGCUCUCGGAAAGAAGGCUGACAGAAACACAAUGAUGGCGUCUGCUGGAGCUGACCCAGCUUGGAAUCCCAAUCCAAAUCCAUCUAUGUCUUAA